AUGGCCCGUGGUCCAAAGAAGCAUUUGAAGCGCUUGGCAGCCCCAAGCCACUGGAUGCUCGACAAGCUCGGAGGAGUUUUCGCUGUCCGUCCUCGUCCUGGUCCCCACAAGCUCCGUGAGUGUCUUCCCCUCAGUCUGUUCCUCCGUAACCGUCUGAAGUAUGCCCUCAACUACACUGAAGUCAAGAAGAUCCUCAAGCAAAGAGUUAUCCGUGUUGACGGUAAAGUCCGCACUGACCACAAAUACCCAGCUGGAUUCAUGGAUGUCAUCACCAUCGAGAGAACCAACGAGACUUUCCGUCUUCUCUAUGACUCCAAGGGACGUUUCAUCACCCAUAGAAUCACUGCCGCUGAAGGAGCUUUCAAGCUCUGCAAGGUCAAAACUCUUGAAAUGGCCGUAAAGCAAAUCCCAUUCAUCACCACCACUGAUGGACGUACCAUCAGAUACCCAGAUCCUCAUAUCAAGAGAAACGACACCAUCGUCUUCGAUGUUAAUGAGAACAAGAUCACCGAUUGGGUCAAGUUCGAAGCCGGAAACUUGGCUAUGGUCACCGGAGGUCGUAACGUUGGACGUAUCGGAGUCAUCGGACACAGAGAAAAGCUCCCAGGAGCCUUCGACAUCAUCCACUUGAAGGAUGCCGCUGGACACUCCUUCGCCACCCGUAUCUCCAACGUUUUCGUUAUUGGAAAGGGAAGCAGCGCCCUUGUCUCCCUCCCAGCCGGAAAGGGUAUCCGUCUCUCCAUUGCUGAAGAGCGUGACAAGCGUUUGGCCCAAAGAAAAACCGCUUAA